CCCUCCGUUCCUUCUUGCGUGUAAUCACGAGGACAGAUUGUCAACCGCUGCCGACGAUCUAAAACUCUGAAGAUGGCUGCGGGAGGAUACGGGUACACUUUCGGGGAGUACCCAUACCACACAAGGGACAACGCUGAAUACAUUGCUGGUCCAAGUGAGGAAAGACCCAAGAGAUCCCGGCGGCACCGACAUGGGUCCAGGUGGGUGACGCUCACUCGGACGCAGCUCGUGUUGGGCAUGAUCGCUGUGGCCAUCGUAGUCGUGGCCGCCGUCGUCUUCUCCAUCGCCAUCCUUCACCACAGCAGACAUCUGUGGGUUGAAGACAACCAGGCGAGCGAUAGCCGUCCUCGAGCACGGCGGCGUCAGCCGGAGUCACGAACAGUCAUGGAGCGCUACGGCCUUCCCCCGUUUGUGGUGUCUUCAUUCAGCCUGAACAACAACACAUUGGUGAACAGUAUCGUCGAUGGGAUCAAGCCUGAAAAUAUCCGAGCGCAUCUCAGGUUCUUAGCAUCGAAGCCUCAUCGAUCUGGCACGGAACGAAGUGAGACUGAAGUUGUCAACUACAUUUACAACAAAAUGAAGGAUUACGGGUUCGAUUCUUGCGAACGUAUUCCGUAUCACGUACUGCACCAAUACCCGGAUCAUGCCCGUCCCAACCAGGUGGGACUGCGUGGUUUGAAAGACCAAGUGAUCUUCAAAGCUGAUCUCCUCGAGGAGACGACCGGUACAAAAGACGUUAAUUUUCAGCCCGGUUACCUAGCCUUUUCAGCGUCAGGAAUCGUAGAGGGGGAAGUCGUGUAUGUCGACUACGCCCGGAACGAGGACUUCGAUCUGCUCGAAGACCACGAUAUCAGGGUGGCUGGUCACAUUUGCAUCGCGCGGUUAGGAGAGAUACAUCGAGGAGAACAGGUUCGAAACUGCUACGAACGUGGAGGCAUCGGCGCUAUCCUCUUUUUGGACCCCGGUGCAAUUGGCAGUCGCGAUGCCGUUAUCCCCAAAAGCACGUACGACCCCGCCGCUGCUGUACAAGGAGGUACACUAUACAUCCAGGGAGACCCCGAAACACCUGGGUACCCUUCCAUAGAAGAAGCCCUGAGAAUGAGUCACACUGACGUUACUCCAAAAAUUCCCGCGCAAGUAAUUUCGUAUAAGGAUGCCAAAGUGCUGCUAAGCCUACUUGAAGGCCUAGAUGCUCCAACAGGCUUCAACGCAACAUCGAGGGCUGUACCGUUUCAGAUAGACCACAAAGGAAGGAAGGUUCGUCUGGAAGUAUAUGCGCGUUAUGAGAGACGUGUCGUCUACGAUGUCAUUGGGGUCAUCAAGGGUAGUGAAGAACCAGAUCUGUACGCCAUAACCGGAAACCAUCACGAUGCUUGGUCUUACGGGGCUGUAGACCCAUCUUCAGGGACAGCGGCACUAUUAGAAGUUGCCAGGGUUCUGGGAACGAUACGGCGUCGCGGUUGGAGGCCGCGGCGGUCUAUCGUCUUUGGGUUCUGGGCGGCCCAAGAGAUGGCAGCUGCCGGCUCUCAAGAGUUUGUGGAGGAUAGGUACCUGCUCCUGAGCAACGGCGCCGUUAGCUAUACUGAUGUAGACGGCUGUACUUCAGGACCGGUGUUCUCUGCCUUCGGCUCGCCUUCCUUGAAAAAUAUUUUGUACAGCGCCACGAAAGUUGUAAGUUUAUAUCGCAUAUCCGGUGAGCGAAAAUCUCUAUACGACAGCUGGACGGAGUACGAGUUGAAGGGACAGACGCUGAUGGAUCCACCUGUUAGGUUACCCUACCUCGGUUCGGAGAACGGCGCCUUCAGCUUUUUCGUUGGCGUUCCCUCGCUGGGUAUCUCCUUCCGACAGGACCGCAGGAAAUACGGCGAAGGCGCGUAUCCCGCCUACCACACAUCGUUCGACACGCUACACCUCUUGGAGUCCUACAUCGAUCCAGACCUGCGCAUAACUGGGCAGUGCGCGCAGCUUGGCGGGGUGUUGACCUUCAUGUUAGCGGAGACUGAAGUGAUACCGUACGACCUGGUCAGCCUAGGCCUAGCAUUACGGGAAGCCUUUGAGAACUUGGAAUCCGUCAGGAGACACAUGGAGUCUGCCAAUGCUAACCUGGAGUGGCUCCGGGAGGAGAUCCAACAAUUCAUGGAUGCGGCCAGGAGCUGGCACAUCUGGAUUCGCAGUCAGAGAGCUCACGAGUACACGACCUUGCGAAGUAUAAAUGAACGCAUGAUGCUGGUGGAGAGGGCGUUCAUAAAACACGAAGGACUUAUGGGAAGACCAACAGUCAGGCAUAUGGCGUUCUCACCUUCAUUAUCUAAUUCGUUAUCUGGAUACGGAUUUCCUUCCCUGCACGACUACGCCUUCUACGGAAGUCGCCUCGAAGAGGGGUCCCACGAGCACGAAAAGGCUUGGGAUUCCGUCCGCCGACACGUUAAUGACAUCGCCUUGGCUGUUCGAGCAGCACGUUUGCUCAUCGAACCAGGCAUGAUAAUUUAGGAUUUUCGGUACAAUGAUGUGCCGGACAGCAACGGUUGGGCUUUGAAUAAAUUAAUACGUGUACUUUGCAACUUA